CGGUGUCCUUCGAAGAGGUGGCUGUGCGUUUCACCCGGGGGGAGUGGAGCCUGCUGCGCCCGGCCCAGAGAGCCCUGUACAAGGAAGUCAUGCUGGAGAACUUUGGGAUCGUGGCCUCUCUGGGACCUCAAGUUGCCAAGCCUGAACUCAUAUCCUGGCUGGAAGAGGAAGAGCUGUUUCUCCGAGGCUCAUUUGAAGAGGAGGGAUUGGCGGCUGCGCAUGUGUGGGAGUCAGAGAAUGAAACAAAACAACAUCCAGCGAUGGAGAAAGAGGCUCUGUAUUCAGAUGUGCAAGAAAAGACUGAGUAUUGUGAUGCCCGGAGGAUGGAGGAGGGAAAACACCUUUAUAAAGGGGAGAAUUUUUCUGGUCUUGAAAAUGAGAAUGACUCUCUCCUGGAAAAAAUAAACAAAGGAGAGAACAGGAAUGAGCUCACUGCAAGCAGGGAAAAUUUUCCCAACAAAGCAGAUAUUAAUAUUCAAUGGAACAUAUGUGACAAACAGAAAAUAUUCCUGGAGUGUGGAAAAAGCUUCAGUUGCAGCGGGAAGCUUUCUUCCCACCAAAGAUUUCACACUGGAGAGAAACCAUACAAAUGCCUGAAGUGUGGGGAAAACUUUCAUUCGAGUUCAGACGUCACUUCACAUGAAAGGAUUCAUACAGGGGAGAAACCCUAUAAAUGCCUGGAGUGUGGUCAAGGUUUCAGUCGGAGUGAUAACCUGAUUUCCCAUCAAAGAAUUCACUCAGGGGAGAAACCCUAUAAAUGCCUGAAGUGUGGGAAAAGCUACCGUUCGAGUUCAGACCUUACCUCACAUGAAAGGAUUCACACUGGAGAGAAACCCUAUAAAUGCCUGGAGUGUGGGAAAAGCUUUCGUUUUAGUUCUGACUUUACCUUACAUCAAAGGAUUCACACAGGGGAGAAACCAUAUAAAUGCCUAGAGUGUGGGAAAAGCUACCGUUCGAGUUCAGACCUUACCUCACAUGAAAGGAUUCACACAGGCGAGAAACCAUAUAAAUGCCUGGAAUGUGGGAAAAACUUCAGUCAGAGUGGAAAACUUACUGUCCAUCAAAGAAUUCACUCAGGGGAAAAACCAUAUACAUGCCUGGAGUGUGGGAAAAAAUUCCUUGCGAGUUCAUACCUUACCUCACAUGAAAGGAUUCACACAGGGGAGAAACCAUAUAAAUGCCUGGAGUGUGGGGAAAGUUUCAGUUGGAGUGGAAGCCUUUCUUCCCACCAAAGAAUUCACUCAGGAGAGAAGCCGUAUAAAUGCCUGGAGUGUGGGAAAAGUUUCAGUCGAACUGGAGAACUUACUGUCCAUCAAAGCAUUCACACAGGGGAAAAACCAUAUAAAUGCCUGGAGUGUGGAAAAAGGUUCCGUUUGAGUUCAGACCUUACCUCACAUGCCAGGAUUCACACAGGGAAGAAACCAUAUAAAUGCCUGGAGUGUGGGAAAAGCUUCAGUCAGAGUGGAACGUUUGCUCUCCAUCAAAGAAUUCACUCAGGGGAGAAACCAUACAAAUGCCUGGAGUGUGGGAAAAGUUUCACUCGGAGUGACAACCUUUCUUCCCACCAAAAAGUUCACACAGGUGAGAAACCAUAUAAAUGCCUGGAGUGUGGGAAAAGUUUCAGUUGGAGUGGAAAACUUACUGUCCAUCAAAGAAUUCACUCGGGGGAGAAACCAUACAAAUGCCUGGAGUGUGGGAAAAGCUUCAGUCAGAGUACAAACCUUUCCUCUCAUCAAAGGAUUCACACAGGGGAGAAACCCUAUAAAUGCCUGGAGUGCGGGAAAAGCUUCUGUUCGAGUUCAUACCUUACGUCACAUGAAAGGAUUCACACAGGAGAAAAACCAUAUAAAUGCCUGGAAUGUGGGAAAAGCUUCCGUCGGAGUGGAAGCCUUUCUUCCCACCAAAGGAUUCACACAGGAGAGAAACCAUAUAAGUGCCUGGUGUGUGGGAAAAGUUUCAGUCGGAGUGAUAACCUUACUUUCCAUCAAAGAAUGCAUACGGGGGAGAGGGCAUUCACGUGCCUGAAGGGUGGGAAAAGCUUCAGUCACAGUGGAAACCUUUAUUCCCACCAACGAAUUCACACAGGGAAGAAACCAUAUACAUGCCUGGAGUGUGGAAAAUGCUUCCGUUGGAGGGGAAAUCUUAAUUCUCACCAAAGGAUUCACACUGGUGAGAAACCAUAUAAAUGCCUGGAGUGUGGGAAAAGUUUCUCUCGGCGGUACAAUCUUAAUCGCCAUCACAGAAUUCACUCAAGGGAGAAACAAUAUAAAUGCCUGGAGUGUGGAAAAUGCUUAAGUCAGAGGAGAAACCUUUAUUCCCACCAAAGAAUUCACUCAGGGGAGAAACCAUAUAAAUGCCUGGAGUGUGGAAAAUGCUUCAGUUGGAAGGGACAGCUUAAUUCUCACCAAAGGAUUCACACUGGUGAGAAACCAUAUAAAUGCCUGGAGUGUGGAAAAUGCUUCAGUUGGAGGGGAGAUCUUAAUUCUCACCAAAGGAUUCACAUUGGUGAGAAAUCACGUAAGUGCUUGGAGUAUGGGAAAAGUUUCUCUCAGCGGCACAAUCUUAAUUGCCAUCACAGAAUUCACUCAAGGGAGAAACCAUAUAAAUGCCUUGAGGGUGGGAAAAGUUUCAGUUACAGUGGAACCUUCUCUUCCCACCAACGAAUUCACACAGGGAAGAAACCAUAUAAAUGCCUGGAGUGUGGGAAAAGCUUCAGUCAGAGUUCACACCUUAAUUCCCACCAACGAAUUCACACAGGGAAGAAACCAUAUAAAUGCCUCGAGUGUGGGAAAAGCUUCAGUCAAUGGGGAAACCUUUAUUCCCACCAAAGAAUUCACACAGGGAAGAAACCAUAUAAAUGCCUCGAGUGUGGGAAAAGUUUUCAUUACAGUGGAACCUUCUCUUCCCACCAAAGAAUUCACACAGGGGAGAAACCGUAUAAAUGCCUGGAGUGUGGGAAAAGUUUCAGUUACAGUGGAAACCUUUAUUCUCACCAAAGGAUUCAUACUGGUGAGAAACCAUAUAAGUGCCUGGAGUGUGGGAAAAGUUUCUCUCGGCGUGACCAUCUUAAUUGCCAUCACAGAAUUCACACAGGGGAGAAACCAUAUAAAUGCCUGGAGUGUGGAAAAUGCUUCAGUCAGAGGAGAAACCUUUAUUCUCACCAAAGAAUUCACUCAGGGGAGAAAUCAUAUAAAUGCCUGGAGUGUGGAAAAUGCUUCAGUCGGAGGGGAAACCUAACUUGCCAUGAAAGAAUUCACGUAAGAGGAAAACCAUAGAAAUGCUUGAAAUAUGGAAGGAUAUUACAUCAGGUCAAAAUUAGCAAGCAGCGAAAAUUUUGGCUGUCAAAAUUAGCAAGCAGCGAAAUAAAACACGGAAAUAAUGAGUUCCAUAAUUACAUAUAAUUACAUGAACGUUUUCAGAAUUAACCGCCAAGUCAUAGAACCCACCAGUCACUGCAUAUGGGCAUUCAGCAGGGGAUGGGAAACCAUACAUGCCACCCUGCGCAUACCACGUUGCAUACACUCAUUCUGGAGUCCCUAGCAAUUUGGGCAAUACCCGCUAGACACAGAAUGGUACCCGAUGACAACCCUCUGAGUGGCAGAAAGGGGUACAGCGAACUUAUCACCCCAAGCCUCCCUUAGGAAACGCCCCAUUGGGACCUACACAACCACUAGUCCGAUCCCCAAAGUAACCAGCCCUCCUUUAAGCUUCUAUAAACGAGUGGCCAUCGCCAGACCUCGUGACAGAGAAUCCCACCAGCUCUUGGAGUGAAGAACAGCAGAGCUGGAGUCCAGUGGCACCUAAGAGACCCAGAAGAUUUCCAGGGUAGAAGCUUUUGAGAGUCAAACCUGCAGAAGGGAGCUCUGACUCUCAGAACCUGGUUCCCUGAAACCCUUUUUGGUCUCUCAGGGGCCGCUGGACCCAAAUCCUCCUGUACAUCUUGCGGCUAUUUCCGCAUUUCAUGAUCACGUUGAAGGUCGAACAGUGUUCUCACACUAUAAAUCUCGUCCGUUUCUAAAGGGAAUGUUUAAUCUAUACCCACCUGUGUCACCCCCAGUGCCUCAGUGGUCUCUGUCCCUAGUGCUGUCCAGGUUGAUGCUACCGGCCUUUGAACCAUUAGCUACGUGCCCCUUAGACUUACUGUCUUAGAAGGUGCCUUUCCUGGUGUCUGUUACGUCGGCUAGGAGGGUCAGCGAGUUAACAGCACUGCGAGCUGACCCGCCAUGUCUACAUUUUCAUGCUAGUAGAGUGGUUCUGCGACCAUGCCUUGAGUUUCUGCCUAAGGUGGUGUCUGCUUUCCACCUCUCACAAGAAAUUACAUUGCCUGUAUUCUUUCCAAAGGCAUCGACUAAAGGAGAAAAGGCUCUUCACACAUUAGAUUUGAGAAGGGCUUUAGCCUUUUAUUUAGACAGGACAAAGGGGUUCCGCAAUAGUCCGCACCUGUUUGUCUGUUUUGGGGAUAAAGGCAAGGGUCACAGGGCAUCUCCACAGACGGUAUCCUGAUGGAUAGUGUCGGCCAUUAGUAAAGCCUAUGCGAUGGCCAGAGUAGACUGUCCAGUGGAGAUCAAGGCCCAUUCCACACGAUCUCAAGCGGCAUCAUCAGCCUUUCUCAGAGGUGUCCUGCUGGGUAGCAUUUGCAAAGCAGCUACGUGGUCAUCUGCUGACACAUUCGUAAAGCACUAUGCUAUGGAUGUCAAUGCAGAGCAAGAUGUUCACUCCUCGUUUUCAUAAGAACACACUAGAACGUUUUACUCCAAUAAUGGAGAAUGAUAUUUGGUUGUGGUGUGCUUUAUUGAAUAUGGCUACUUACCUUGUCAUUGUUGUUACAGAGGGUUAUGUUUAGAGUGUUUUUUCUGUAUAAUAAAAUAGAGUUGGACUUCACCCCGCCUCCUCAUUGUCUGAAGCUUGGUACUCUCCCAUGUGUGGAGGCACAGAAGAACGACAAUGAAAACAGGGUUGACAUACCUGUAACUUUUGUUCAUCGAGUUCUUCUGUGCUGACACACAUCCCUCCCUCCUGCCCCGCUGUGAAUUCCAGAAAUACUACCUAUUAUACUGGGUAGCAGUGGCAAGGGAGAACUGAGGAACGGGGCCGUUGUUCGCCGUUGGGACACACGACUGUGUGGGCGGGAAAUGGUUGCUUUAGGCUUGCGACCAACAGCCCCUUCGGAGCUCAAAAGCGGUGAAGAAUUUUCCGGCGGGUGGCCUGUGCCUGCGCAGCCCCAUGUGUGGAGGCACAGAAGAACUCGAUGAACAAAAGUUACAGGUAUGUCAACCCUGUUUUUUAUUGUAUCUUACUAAAUGCUUUUCCAGCUAUGAUCCCUCUGUCUCCUUCUAGUUUCAUAGUCUGGCUUCUUACAACCUUACAUGAUUUUUGAAAAAGC